AUGCAACACCGGUCAUGGUUGAAGAGUUCUCUUGCACUUCCUCUUUUCUUGCUAUCGCCGCUCCAGGCCGCCGCGGAUAUCCACAAAUACGACAAAGACUCUGGGUUGUUUAGCUAUGUAACGCAUCCCGAAAUCAAAGCGCCGAGAUGGAAGGUCAACAUCACCGAACCGGACCUCGUAACUCCAGGAUAUUGGUUCGUAGCUCCGUUCGAGAGAAUCGACCAGCCUGAGCCAGGCAAUGGUUGGAUCGGCCCUCACAUAUACGAUGGCAACGGCGAAUUGGUAUGGAGCGGGGUGUCCAUGACCGAGAACUGGGAUACCAUUGAUUUCAAGAUGAGCAAUGUACGCGGCAAGGAUAUGAUGACAUUUCUGGUCCAGCGAACGGGCAACGGCCUGAUUGUGGAUAAUUCUUUUCAACUGCGAGAGACAGUCGACGUCGGUACUCUCGGGGUUGACUUCAACUCGCAUGAGUUUAAUUUUAUCGAAGACGGAACCAAGGCCAUCGUACUUUCCGAGGGCCGAAGGAACGCCACCAAGGAGCAGGCUCUGGGCGUCAAGUAUGAGGAGGGGGAAUGUGUCGCCAUGUUUGAUGGCUUCAAGGUACUGGAUACCAAGACGUGGAAGCCGCUGUUCGAAUGGAGCUCGUUCGAUCAUGUCGCACUCAACGAGAGCACAUUCCUGGACGGCCCGAUCAAAGACUUGUGCACCAGUCCGUGGGCUUGGGACUUCAUUCAUCUCAACUCCGUCGACAGGGACCACAAUGGUGACUUCUAUGUCUCUGGGAGACAUACGGACACCAUAUAUAAGGUAUCCAAGGAUGAUGGACACAUCAUGUGGAGGCUGCAUGGCCACCAGAAAGAUGACGGCGAGUGGGAUGCGAAGGGCCUUUCCUUCUCCAGGCAGCACAACGUGCGCUUUCGCGGAUUCAACGGUACCCACGAAAUCAUCUCAAUCCUUGAUAACGCCCAUGGUCAGGACAAGCAACACGCCACGCAUGACUUCUCCAGAGGUCUCACCAUUGCCCUGAAGACCGAUGUAGAGCCCAAGACUGCGGGCAUCGUCCAAGCAAUCGAUCAUCCAUUGGGCCACGGAAACUAUGCUCCACGACGGGGCAACUACCAGUUGCUGCCGAAUGGCCAUGUUUUCAUGGGUUGGUCUGAGCAGGCUACCCAGAGUGAGCACACCGAGGACGGAAAGCUCGUCAUGCAGGCCACUCUGGCGACCGAGUGGCUUGGUACCUAUCGCAGUUACAAGUUCCCGUUCGUAGGUCAGCCAGCGCAUCCUCCGAGGGCGGCGUCCGCGGCGUAUAUGAGUGAGUACAGGAACACCACCUCGACGGUGGUUCACGUGAGCUGGAACGGCGCCACGGAAAUCGCAUCGUGGAAUCUGUACAAGACCACCGAGUCGGGCUCCCCAAUGAUCAAGAUCUUCUCGAAGGAAAAGACGGGUUUCGAGACCGCGAUGGUAUGGGAAGGAUUCGCCGCCUAUGUCAUCGUGGAGGCAGUCGACAAGUCAGGAAACGUCGUCGGAAGGUCGAACAUCGCAAAGACCUUGGAGCCACCAGAGGAUGCCAUGAGCGCCGCCGUGGCCGAGGAGUUGUUCUGGCUCCAGGAAAUUUCCGGCGAGAACGAUGGGUGGAGGGGGAAGGAUGUCUAUGUUCCAAUCCCUGCUGAACGAAGCUUCAGCGUCUCUCUUUUAAUCUUUUUCUUUGGUGUGGUCUGUAGCGUGGCGGCCUUCAUCGUGGUAUGGCGGCUGCGGGCGAAAGGGUAUCUCCGCGGUGUGAAGACCCAACGGUAUCAGGCGCUGGCGGAUGAGGAGAAAUUGGGCGACGAGGAAGUGGCUGAGCGGCCAUAUCCUCAGCGGCAUUCAAGUCGAGGAUUUCGAGAUAGCUCUUGA